AGUUAGGUUUAGUAACAGCCCCGCGGCGAAGCUUAUCAAAGUUUCACUCAUCUCACGAUAAAUCCGAUAAACGAACGCCCUAUCGUGAGCUCCAUGAUUCCAUUAAGCUCUCCGUAACUCCAGUUACUCAAAUUGUUUCAAUUCCGGUGCAUUUUCAAUCGGGUCUAAUAAAGAUUUUCUUUCUAUUCCCCUAAACCAAUAUUUGUCUCUCCUACGCCUCAAUUGUCAGCAACAGCCAACUGUUAUUCCAUGGUGACGUUAGUGCUCGAAUCUGGAAUUGUUAUAAUAAAAGCCCCCAGCUUGGCACCCCCUCUCUCAACAUGAACAACAUAAUAAGAUCAACAGCAAGAAUACUACCACGUUCACGUUUUCAACCGUCUACUUUACCAAUAAUAAACUUACGAAAGGCUUCCAAUAUGUCGCACACAGUCCCAAAACUCAAUGACCCAUCGCUCUUCAAAACCGGAGUUGCGUACGUCAAUGGAGAAUGGGUCAAGGCAGCUUCCGGAAAGACAUUCGACGUUCAUGAUCCAUCGACUGGAAAAUUGAUCGGAAAUGCCCCAGAGUUUGAUGUAGCUGAUACGAAGAAGGCAAUCGAUGCCGCUGCCGCAGCAUUCCCUUCAUUUAAGACUACAACCGGAAGAGAAAGAGCCAAGCUAUUACGAAAGUGGUACGAUUUGAUGAUUGAGAACAGUGAGGAUCUUGCUAGGCUCAUAACAUGGGAGAAUGGAAAGCCAUUGGCGGAUGCAAAAGGAGAGACAACAUACGCAGCCAACUUCUUGGAAUGGUUCAGCGAAGAGGCUCCCAGAAACUAUGGAGACGUUAUUCCAUCAUCGACUCCUGGAAAUAGAGUCAUUACCUUGAAGGAGCCUGUUGGUGUCGUUGGACUUAUCACCCCAUGGAAUUUCCCAGCUGCUAUGAUAACGAGAAAGAUCGCCCCUGCAUUGGCAGCUGGUUGCACAGUUGUUGCAAAGUCUCCCGGGGAAACACCUUUCACCUCUCUCGCUCUUGCCGAACUUGCACACCGGGCUGGAAUUCCCAAGGGUGUAGUAAACUUUGUCAGCUCUCUUGAUAAUACCCCUGCUGUUGGGGAGCUUCUCACUACUUCCCCAAUCAUCAAGAAAGUUUCCUUCACCGGAUCUACUGGUGUGGGUAAGAUUUUGAUGAAGCAAUCAUCUUCGACAUUGAAGAAGCUAUCUUUUGAGCUUGGUGGAAAUGCUCCAUUCAUUGUAUUUGAUGAUGCAGACCUCGACCUUGCAGUAACUGGUGCUAUUGCAUGCAAAUUCCGUUCCUCUGGACAAACUUGUGUUUGUGCUAACAGAAUUUUUGUGCAAUCUGGAAUCUAUGACGCCUUCGCCGAGAAAUUUGCAGCAAAGGUCAAGGACUUCAAGGUUGGAGGUGGUUUCUCUGAUGGAAUUACACAUGGACCAGUUAUUCACGGCCGCGCGGUUGACAAGGUUGAAGCUCAUGUUCGAGAUGCAGAGAAGAAAGGAGGAAAGGUUAUUCAAGGUGGACAGAAGAUCCCCGAGCUUGGAGCAAACUUUUUCCAGCCCACUGUCAUCACUGGCGUUACUACAGAUAUGGACAUCGCAAACGAGGAAACUUUCGGACCUGUAGCAGGUCUUCUUAAAUUCGAUACUGAAGAGGAAGUCGUACGAAUUGCAAAUUCUGCUGAUGUCGGCUUGGCAGGAUAUUUCUUCACUAAAGAUGUUGAGAGAGCCACUAGGAUCUCAGAAGAGUUAGAACUCGGAAUGGUUGGUGUCAACACUGGAUUGAUCAGUGAUGUAGCAUCGCCAUUUGGUGGUGUUAAGGAGUCAGGAUUUGGACGUGAAGGAAGUAAAUAUGGAAUCGCAGAAUAUCAAACAAUUAAGGUGGUCACAUACGGAGGCAUGGGCAAGCCUUUGCAAAAUUAGAGAAUCAAAGCAACUUGGAAUAGGAAAAUACCAAUGAUACCACAUGUUUUAACAUUGACACUACUUGGGACUACGCCGAGCCCUCGAUACUGAUUGU